CGUAUGUAAUCUUUUGCCAUAAAAUGUCCAAAAAUGUCGCCAGAGUAAUCGGAUUUGUAUAAAAGAUCUUCAUUGACCAUGUUUUAUCGUAUGAGCAACAAAACAUAGCCGUGCAUAUUUCAUCUUGUCCACACUAUAUCUGUAUGCUUGUUAUUAUAAUUCUAUAUAAUUUAAGUUUGUAAAGGGUGUCACAAACGGGGCAAAAUCAACAAGAUGUUGCAAUUUUAUAUAAUCUAUAUUGUUCUUUUUGUCUUCUCAGUGUUCUUCCUAAUCAGAUGUUUCUUCUCUUCUUCAACCUCCCGCAAAAUUCUACCACCGUCACCACCAAAACUCCCAAUUCUUGGAAACAUUCACCAACUAGGUCUGUAUCCUCAUCGCUCCCUCCGCUCACUUGCUCAACGCUAUGGCCCUCUUAUGCUUCUCCAUAUUGGAAGAGUGUCAGUACUUAUCAUCUCCUCCGCAAACGCCGCUCAAGAGAUCAUGAAAACCCACGAUCUUAUAUUUUCAAACAGACCCAAAUCCACAAUUGGAGAUAAACUUCUUUAUGGUGGUAAGGAUAUAGCAGGUGCUCCUUACGGUGAGUAUUGGAGACAGAUAAGAAGCCUUUGCGUGCUCCAACUUUUAAGCAAUUCGAGGGUUCAAUCUUUUAAAACUGUAAGAGAAGAAGAAAUAUCUCUAUUUAUUAAGAAGAUUGAAAAUUUUGCAUCAUUGUCAAUACCAGUGAAUUUGAGUGAAAUGUUUUCUUUGCUUACAAAUGAUGUCGUAUGUCGAGCAUCUUUUGGGAGGAAGUAUAGUGAAGGUGAAGGUGGGAGAAAGUUCAAGGAGUUGCUUGGGGAGUUUACGCAAUUAUUGGGUGGUUUCAAUAUAGGGGACUUCAUUCCGUGGCUUAGAUGGGUAAAUUAUUUCAAUGGUGUAGAUGCUAAAGUAAAGAAAGUUGCCAAAGAAUUCGAUGAGUUUCUAGAUAAAGUUGUUGACGAGCACUUACAUGGUCAGGAAAGAGAGAUUAAAAACCAUAGAAGUGAAGACGGAAAGGAUUUUGUGGAUGUUUUUUUUGAGGUUCAAAAGGAUAACAAGGAUGAUUUUUCCUUUGAUAAAGUUACCAUCAAAGCUCUCAUCCUGGAUGUGUUUGCUGCUGGAACUGAUACCACAUACACAGUCAUGGAAUGGGCAAUGUCGGAGCUCUUGAGGCACCCGAGAGUAAUGAAGGAAUUGCAAAAUGAAGUGAGGCAGAUCGCCAAUGGCAAAGAGAAAAUAAAAGAAGAAGAUUUAGAUAAUAUGCAUUACUUGAAAGCUGUACUCAAAGAGACCCUUCGACUGCAUCCACCUAUCCCAUUAUUAGUACCACGAGAAUCAACACAGGAUGUAAAAAUUAAGGGCUACGACAUAUCGGCUGGAACAACAGUAAUCACAAACGCUUGGGCAAUUGGAAGAGAUCCCACAACAUGGGAUAAACCUGAUGACUUUACUCCUGAGAGAUUCUUAAACAAUUCUAUAGACUUUAAAGGACGCGAUUUCCAAUUGAUACCAUUCGGAGCUGGCAGGAGGGGUUGCCCUGGAACAUUAUUUGCCAUGGCCACCAAUGAGAUUGUGUUGGCAAAUCUGGUUCACAAGUUUGAUUGGUCAUUGCCUAUUGGAACAAAACCAGAAGAUUUAGAUAUGACAGAAUUUACUGGUCUUACUGUCCACAGAAUGGUUCCUCUACAUGCUGUUGCAACUCCAACUUUUUAUUAGCUAGUUCAAGAUUCCGUAUAUAAAAUAAAAACCGUUACAUUGUAUGUGUGUAUUUUUCAAGUCUGUUAUCAACGUAUUUAUGUUAUUCAAUUUCUUUCUCUUUGCGGUGCCA